AGGCGGAUGGCGAGGCCAAAGUAGGGUGCAGGAGGACCGGAUGCUAAAAGGCAGCACCAGCAUGCGCAGGGCCAGGGACGGGACGGGUGCUGCCGGCCAGACGGGAGCAGACUAGACGGAUAGAGUUUGCAGGCCGGCCGUUAUAGUCGUCGAGAGACGGACAAAGGACGGAGAGAAAACCGUGGACGUGAGCGAGAGCAGCAGCGCCGAGAGCGCACCCGGAAAGGCCAAUUCGCGGAGGAACCGACGGCGGGACGUCGCAGGCUCGUCGCGCCAACAACGGCCGGGCUCCCAAACCCUCCCCGAAGUCAUCCAUAUUUAUAAACGCCGCGUCCAUCGCCCCCCCCUUCACUCCGCCCUCUCCCCUCCUCCUCCUUUUGGCAAACGGAGAGAAGGAGCGAAGCAGACCAGACGGCGGACGCGGGUGCAUUUUUUUCGCCACAGCGACAGGCGUCCCCCUCGCCUCCGGGGGAUCCUGCGUCGACCGCCCGCGGAGGGGGCGGGGAGUGAAACAUCGCCUGCCGUCCUCCCCCCAUUUUCUGCUCGGUCUAAACCUGCCGCUAUGCCGCCCGGGGGGUGAAUGGGGGGCAAGCACUGGACAGCACCUCCACCUCCCUGCCCAGGGCUAUGCCAGGGUGGGGGGGCCGGGAGGGCGAGCGACUCGCCCCCCCACCUGUAGGAUCUCCAUGAGCUGAGCCCCUCCGUUCCUAAAUUGUGGCCCCUUCGGUCCGCCCCCCUCGAGCGGCAUCACCAUGGGAUGUAACAUGUGUGUGGUAGAGAAACCCGAAGAACAAUAUCGGGUGAUGCUGCAGGUGAAUGGUCGGGAACUGUCCCGUCUCUCGCAGGAGCAGACGCUUGAGGCUCUCCGGUGCUCUAAGGAACCUCUGGUCAUCCAGGUGUUACGGCGCAGUCCUCGUAGCCGGGGUGGAGGUGGUGAGGGAGCCACCUCUCAAGGAGAUGUCACAACCCUGGUCGAUAGUGGAACCCAGACAGACAUCACCUUUGAACACUUAAUGGAUUUAGGCAGGAUCCGGCCACCAAGCCCUCCAGCCAUGAGGAUGGAGCCCUAUGGGCUGCCUGAUCUCCCCUCAAUUGCACAUGAAUAUUAUGACCCUGUGGAAUUCAUGGAAGGAGCUGCUCCAGAGGCUGAGCGAGCAGAAGACCUAGAAUACGAGGAGGUGGAGCUGUACAAAUCCAGUCACCGGGAUAAGUUGGGCCUGAUGGUUUGUUAUCGAACUGACGACGAGGACGAUGUAGGCAUCUACGUUGGAGAGGUCAGUCCUAAUAGCAUUGCAGCCAAGGAUGGACGAAUUCGAGAAGGUGAUCGCAUUGUCCAGAUUAAUGGAAUGGAGGUGCAAAACCGAGAGGAGGCUGUAGCAAUUCUUACCCAGGAGGAGCGAACAAACAUUUCUCUGCUGCUGGCUAGGCCCGAGACUGAGACCAACCUCAUUUAUAUGUCCUGCCCUUUACACGUUUGGAGAACAAUCAACAGCACACCACUCAAAGCCCAACUGUCCAAACGCUGGAAGGACAGCGACCGUGAGGAUUUCUUAGAUGACUUUGGAUCUGACCAUGAAGCUGGAAUAAAACCGCAACGGCUGCUUUCUCCCCCAGGCCAGCAGGAGGAACCACUACAAGAAAAGCCUUCUGGGGAUGCAGCCACACCUCUGACUAACAGCCAGGAGCUGGACAGUGGAGUUGGCCGGACUGAUGAGAGUACUCGUAACGAGGAGAGCUCUGAACAUGACCUGCUAGGAGAUGAAGCACCCAGUGCUGCCAACACGCCAGGCAGCCUGCGCAAAUUUGGGCCUAGCCUCCAGCCUCGGGACUUCCAUUAUAGCAUGGACUCCCUCCUGGCAGGGGAGCUUCCUAGUGCUGUGGGCACAGACCUGAUGCCAGGACUUACCGAUGAAGAAUACGAACGUUACCGGGAGCUGCUGGAGCUCAAGUGUCAUCUGGAGAAUGGCAAUGAACCAGGGCUAGUGAGCGCUGCCCUGGAUGUCAACCGCAACGAGGUGGCUCUGCUAGAGGAAGAGCUUCGCCACCUGGAAUUUAAGUGCCGCAACAUCUUGCGAGCACAGAAGAUGCAACAGCUCCGCGAGCGCUGCAUGAAGGCCUGGCUGCUUGAGGAGGAAGGGCUGUACACCUUGGAAGGGGAGCCUAAGAAACACGAACUGUCAGACAUCACUGAACUGCCAGAACGCUCAGAUAAGGACAGCACGAGUGCCUACAACACUGGAGAAAGUUGCCGAAGCACCCCCUUGUUGGAAAGCCCCUUGCGUCGCUUGGCUGAGAGCCCCAAUCUCAACCGCACAGCUCCCCCUUCCCCACCACACCCUAAGUUCCGCCGGGAAGAGCGGGUGCGGCGCAGCCCCAAGGCAACUGGGGAAAGCAGCCCUUAUUUGAGUCGACGUCAGCGGGAAGAGCUACCUGCUCCCAUCAGCCCUAUGAGCUUAGCCAGCAUUUGCAAGGACUCACUUGGGAGCAAAGCAGAACCCCGCAUGGAGUGGAAAGUGAAAGUUCGUAGUGAUGGCACUCGCUACGUGGCCAAGAGACCAGUGAGGGACCGGCUGCUCAAAGCCAGGGCCAUGAAGAUCCGUGAGGAACGCAGCGGCAUGACGACGGAUGAUGAUGCGGUCAGUGAGAUGAAGAUGGGACGUUACUGGAGCAAGGAGGAACGGAAGCAGCACUUGAUUCGAGCUCGUGAGCAACGGAAACGCCGUGAGUUUAUGAUGCAGAGCCGGCUGGAGUGCUUGAGAGAAAGGGAAGGAAGUGAAGCUCGAGGGAUUUCUGGUGAGGUCAACAUCUUGGCACUGAGCCAUCGUAAAACCAUGAAGAAACGGAGCCGACGCAUCUUGGACAACUGGAUUACCAUCCAAGAAAUGUUGGCUCAUGGCACUCGCUCAGCAGAUGGCCGCAGAGUUUACAACCCGCUGCUCUCUGUCACUACUGUGUGAGUGUGGGAAAGAACACUGGAGGGAAGCUGCACCAUUGUCUCCUGGCCAGACUGGAGAAAGGAGAAUAAAUACAGCUGUUUCCUCCUUGAUUAAUAGGACAAUUGCUCUUUGAACAUACUUGGGACCUUUUACUAUUGUACUCCAUGGGCUCAAAUAGCCCUCCUCUCUAAACCAAAUUUAGAGUGUGACAAGCCCAGCAUCCUUUCCUGCCUUAAGGACCAGGGGCCAAAAUAGGCCACCAAGCGUGCUACUGUCGGGAGCCUGCUAGAGAGUAAAGUCUGUUUUCCUGAUGUGUGCACUAUCUAUAUUGAAGGCAAUUGUACAAGUCUGUGGUCCCCUUUUACUUAUGGGAAAGCUUCUGCCAGCUUGGUCCAUGCCAAUCCCAUCCUGAAGCACAAAGAACCAAUUCUCAUCUAUAGACAAUGUGCAGAGCACAAGAAAAGGAGGCUCAACCCCACCAACAGGACCAAUGAACCUUUCCUGUCUUCCCAAAUUGGGAUGUUGUGACAUCUUUCUUCUUUCUCUUUCCUCUUUUGUGAUUGUGGUUUUACAUUUUUUUAAUUUCUCCCAGGAUGGAGGUCCAGGCCCUGGAGGCUCAAUCCACAAGUGACCAAGAGCUCCCUUCCUGCAUUUUUUACCAUGUCACUGCCCUUCCCUCCCAGCUCAGGAAGAGGCAGUAGCUUAGCAUAGGGAGGUUUUGCAAUGGAAAGCUUGUAGCAAACCUUGUACCUGAGGCUGAAAUUGCAUUGUUACAAUAAAAAAAA